AAAUGAAAAGAUUUAACAAUUUUUCUUUGAUUAUUUUUCUAUUUUUGCUAAUUUUGUUGUUAAAUUUAUGCCAAGCAAAGAUGCGAUAUGAGUCAGUAUUAUCAAGACGGACAAAACGCUAUGGUUAUGGGGGAUAUGGCGGAUAUGGAUAUGGUGGAGGUAUGGGAGGUGGAUGUUGUCAGUGUGGAAUGUGCGGGGGUGGUGGUUAUUCUGGAGGCUAUGGAAUGGGUGGAGGUUGCGGAUCUUGUGGAGGAGGAUAUGGACCGUUUGGUGUUGGUGCUGCUGGACUCUUACAAGGCGUUCUUUUCGGAGGAAAAUAAUCCUAAAAAAUUUGAAAUGAGGAUGAAAAAUAGUUGAUCCUCUU